AUGCAUUCCGGUAGUACAACCGUGUAUGCUUUCACUUUCACGGUGAGCCCCCUAGCAGCGGAGAAGUCUAUACGCGUUCAGCACACUCUCUUAUAUAUUACACGACCAAGAGCGAGCGAUCCAACCGCUACCAUUCAUAAGGAGUCUUUCCAAAUCGGCCUGAAACAGGUAUUGUGCAUAUUCAUCAAGCCAUCGCUUCUCGACGAGAAGACUGAGUCGGGGCAGCUUACAAUCACAAACCAGCUGGUAUCUUCAGUUGAGGAUCAGGAACGCAAAAAUCUACUCAAGAGUAGUAUGAGCGCUAUCAUUAUUAAUGAGCUUAUCAGGACAAACCCUGAGAUAUAG